UUAUUCAUAGCAUUACACAAUUACAAGUCUAUUAAUUUACUUAAUUAAAAGUCCCAAGAUUAAGACUGCGAUGAAAUUUCCCACUUUCCCUCUUUUGUAUCAGUUUAAUCCGGAGAGAGCAUCAGAUGAUAAUUAAUAUAUUGACCUUAGACGAUGUCCUAGGGAUAGUAAUCAAUUCUCAUUUUAUAGACGGUUUGAGUAGAGAUGAAGAAUCGACAUCAUCUUCUUAACUAGAGACUGGCGGGAUGACUUUGAUGUUAUACUAGUACAAAGUACAAGGACAUCAGACGAACUUAACCAAGGUCUUUCAAUCGCCAUGAAGCCAGCACGUCAAACGUUUCAUCCAGUGGACAGAGGAUGGUCGUGGAUGAUUAUGAUAGGUGAGUAUGAACACAGGAAUCAACAAUUACAGCAUGUUGUGCUUUCGACACAGGAAAAGAGCCACAUUUGGUGAAGAAAAAUUGAACUCUAUAUAUUAUAAUUCAUUUAUGAUACAGACUUAAAUUUAAAAAAAAAUAAUACAAGUCGUUAGUUUUAACUUGCGUAUCCCAAUCAAGGCUGUACAUCGACUAAAUGCCGCUAAAAUUCAACCCCUACACACAUCUGUUGUACAAUUUUUGCAAGUAAGUAAGUAAUAAUAAUAAUAAUAAAGUUUAUUUGAAAAUCACGCUUCAUCCCCAAAGGCUCGAAGCGCGGUACAAAGUCAUCCAUAUUAAAAGAGAAAUGAAAAAAAAAUAUAUAUAUUAUAACCACAUUGAAAAUACAAAGCGCAACAUUACAAAAACUACACACGAGCAUACCCAUUCUAAGUCUUUCAUCCCUUGCAAAUAUAAACAACACAGUCCAAUAUACAACUGGAAAAGAUGGUAGACAACAUCUCUCGAGCAGGUGUUUGCGAAAUUCGGUGUUUUCAAUUCGGUUUUGAAGGACUCCAGUGUCUGGCUGUUUCUGAGAGCGUCAGGAAGUGUUUUUCAAAUUGUUGGGCCAGCAAAUGCGAAAGUGCGCCUUCCGUAAGUCUCAAGGCGAACAUGUGGUUUGCCACUAUUGGAUCAGCGGAGUAGCCACAAAACCACCCGCCGAGGCCACUCCCCCCUCCCCCCCCCCCAAAUCCGCUUUACGGACACCAUUAAUCCCAUUACGACACUGUAUUGCGGUAGAUAAGAGUCCAAAUAGCUACUAAUAGCAUCUAACCACUUUUCUCCCAGCAAGCUUUGGUGUCCACUUUGUGACCAUGGGUUACCUCAAGUCCUUUGGACUUCUUAUUGUGGAGUUCCAGGAAAAGCUUGGAUCUAGUGCGACACAGACCUCGACUAUCAAGGGUGUCCAGGAGUUCUGUUACUGCUUUUUAAGUACGUUUUCAAAUUGAGUUAUUUUAGUUUGUAGCAUUAUUUAUAUUAGUGAUUAUAAAUACUUACAAUUAAUCUUUUAUGUCAUGCUACACAUAGCUAUAUUUAUAAUUUUAUCUUUCAGCAAUUUAAAUAAAACCUAUAGCUGCUAUUCAACUUUCGAAGAUUAAAAUAAUAUAUUCUUAAAGAAAAUGUCUUCAGUUUUCAAACGUUGAUAACAUUGAAGUGUGCUAGCACAAGUUUGUCCUAGUUUGCUGCAACAUAUUUAAUCGCCAAGUGUAUGCCACGACUCGAGUUCCUUAAUGUCCCAUUGAUAUACAGUCACAUUUAGAUGAUGUCACUCCGCCCCCCAACCCCCAGAGCUCUAUGUGACAUGUCUGUAGUGACAUGCUGAUUAAGAGGCGGUGCCACCGAACCCCUGGUGUACAACAACACCAUGCAAGGGUCCUGCGUGUCGAGACAAAGGUCUUGCAUGGUAACUGUGUUAGAAAGAGCACAGCUCCAUGGUACACAGGUCCAUGGUACACAGCUUCAUAGUACACAGUUCCAUGGUGCACAGCUCCAUGGUACAGAGAUCCAUGGUAACAACCCGAUUACAGUUGGAAAAAAACCUACAGAAACAGGUCGGGAUCAUGAUUACCAGUUGUCGCUAAUGGAUAUGAGUCAUGGGUGGGUUGUGGCAACCCAUGCCAAUGAUUAUAUCAAAUAUAAUAAGCGUUAAUAAGCAACCGUUUCGUCCCAGCUACUUCAUGAAGUAUUAACGAGGUGAAAAACAUUCGUAGAAACCUUAUUAGAGGGCGUCUGGCGCCACUCCGGGAUAGAGAGAGGUCUAUUUUUAGCACAUUAGAGAGUUCGAUUGCUGGUGUGGCAAGAACAGCACUACCAGCCGACCAGGUCCUCUUUUGUUCUUAUUGUCCCCCUUGCUUGGUAAAUCAAGUGAAUGAUGGGCGGGACUGUCUCAGCGGUGGAGUACUUCCGGCGUGCCUCUUUGCGGUCCGAAGUUUUUCCUUAUUCGGGUUUGGAAGAAAAGGUUUACGCUGGUGAGGGUCUAAAUGAGAUGCGGCAAGACGGACGGCUUGCUGUUUUCUUAAGAAAUUAGAUUGGAUGAUGUCACUAACGACGUAGUUCUAUCGUUUCGUUCUUUGUUUUGCAGCUCUACUGGUGACGAACUAUGGGGUCAAGCGAAUGUCUAUUCGGACUUUGAGUAUUUUGGGCGUCCUACUCGAGACACUGUCUGUGGCUAUCAGCGGCUUCCUGCCAAACGGUGUCGUACUCAUCUUUACCCUAGGAGCCAUUUUCGGCAAGUUCUUGUACAAUUAGCAUCUUAAACAGGUUAGAUGGCAAUUGAAGUUUUAAUGAACAUCUUAAACAGGUUAGGUGGCAACUGAAGUUGUUGUUUUUUUUACUAGACAAAACAUUUUUAUACAAAUAUUAUCAUCCUUAAACUUAGGCUAAAAUUAUUAAAUUAUUUUCUUGACAUUGAGCCUUCUUGUAGGGUAAGUUUUGUAAUCUCAAGGUGAGGUCUGAAGGUUUAAAGUCUUGUUUAAAGCAUUUGUUCGAUGACUGGAGUAAGUAGGUGGGUCAAACCAAGUGACAAGUUUUGAAGGAAGUGCAUUUUAAAUGCACUGCAUGUACUAUACGUUGUUUAUAUUUGAUGUAUUUCUGUUUGUUUUGUGGUUUUCCUAAUUGAGAGGAAACAUUAAAGACCGCCAUGAGUGUCAUAAACUCUAUAGUUAAGCCACUGGGUAAAAUGUAUUUAUGUUUUCUACAGCUUUAAAAAAAUUAAGGUAAGAGAAUAUUCUUUUAUUGAUCCAAAUAAAUAGAAAUAUGCUUUGUGUACAUUUUACAUAGUCUAAGCUGUUUCUAUAAUGUAAUGAUCCAUCGCUUGAAGGAUGUGGAAACGCACUGCUCUACUGCCCAACGUUGAUCAUCCUCAGCCAGUACUUUAAGAUACGCCGACCACUAGCAACGUCCAUAGCAGCAUGUGGGUCAAGUGUUGGCGGAAUAGCCUUUCCUGCACUGACCAACUAUUUGCUGGACCGUUUCGGACUCCAGGGCACAACUCUCUUACUGUCUGGAAUAAUGCUACAGGUCUUUAAUCUUACAACUCUUACUGUCUGGUAUGGUGCUGCAUGUCUUUAAUGUUACAACUCUCUUACUGUCUGGAAUGAUGAUGCAUGUCUUUAAUGUUACAACUCUCUUACUGUCUGGAAUUAUGCUACAGGUCUUUAAUCUUACAACUCUUACUGUCUGGUAUGGUGCUGCAUGUCUUUAAUGUUACAACUCUCUUACUGUCUGGAAUGAUGAUGCAUGUCUUUAAUGUUACAACUCUCUUACUGUCUGGAAUUAUGCUACAGGUCUUUAAUCUUACAACUCUUACUGUCUGGUAUGGUGCUGCAUGUCUUUAAUGUUACAACUCUCUUACUAUCUGUAAUGAUGUAGCGUGUCUUUAAUGUUACAACUCUCUUACUGUCUGGAAUGAUGAUGCAUGUCUUUAAUGUUAUCGAAACACGAUGUCUUCGUUUUGAGUGAAAGAACAUUUAAAACAUUAUUUUAGCAUAAAAACACAAUUCUUCAGCAUACAAACACAGACUUGAUCAAAUAGAAAUCAGAUUUGCGAGGCUUGCAAAUUCAUUGGAUGGAUGCUAUUUUGAAUACAGGAAAUUAUAGAUCACAGUGGAGAAAGUUAUUUUCAUUAAAUUUAAUAUCUAAACAGUUGCAAUGAAAUGCACAGCCACCAAAAAAAAAAAUAAAAAAAAAAUAAAUAAAAAAUAAAUAAAUAAUAAAACAAUGAAUCGUUGUGGAUUUAACUAUUUUAAAUAUUUUAAAAAAUGCGAAAUUUUCUCACUGUACGUUUUUAUUUUUUUUAAAAACUUUAAUUUAAUUCAUAUUGGCGACUUAUAGGAAUAUAUAUAAAAUUUGGUUUAGUUUUGAUAAUAUUCAAAUACGUUUAUUACGAAACGCUGCAUAUCUAAUAUCUAUUUGGUUGACGUCUUAUGGGGGAUUUCGUGGUCUAACAAAAUUAAGUGGAUCUUCGAGACCAAUUCUGUGAAUAGACGGAGACCCAAACUUUGGUUCCAUUAUUUCCGUUUCAACAAGACAGUACAGCCGCUAGUAGAGAACUAGUCCCAACAUUAUCAUGGAAUGACUGCAGAUGUUUCUUUCAAAAUAUUUAAAUUAGACUAUAUAUUCCACUUUGUUUUUUUAAAUUCCUCAACAGCAAAUGAUAUUUGUAAUUGUGUACACACCUCCAUCAGACUACCAGCCCAUGAAAGCCAAAGAUUACGUUGAUGAGGUGGAGGCUAAGCUCGGUACAGACAAUGGUAACGGUACACAACUACACUCAAUCAAAUCUCCGGUUGUAGAGGAAGAAAAACAACUCUUGGCGAACUUAAACGGCACAGACAACGGAGGAAAUUUAAACCAACUGUUGUUGAAAAAUGAAAACUCAAAAAUUUCUGAAACGGUGGAACCAAAUGGUUCCAAUUCUUUAAACUCAGUUCCUAAUUUGAAGAUCAGUCGUGAAAAUAGCACUGAAAACAAGGCUAAUCACGAAACAGAUUUAACGGAUAUAAACGAACGAUAUUCCCUUCAUCCCAAUGAGGACACACUGCUUGCAGAUACCUCAAACAAAGUACUUCCUCUAAGACAAGAAACAGAUACGUAAGUACAAUUCAUUGAAUACAUUGAAUAUUUUUGGACAUAAAAUUCUUCAAACUCCCAAGCUCCUCCAAUGACACUUCCCCAGCCCCUUCAAUUAGGCACUUCCCUGACCACUCAGCAUGACACCUCCCUGGCCCCUUCAAUCUGACACCUCCCUGGCCCCUUCAAUCUGACACCUCCCUGGCCCCUUCAAUCUGACACCUCCCUGGCCCCUUCAAUCUGACACCUCCCUGGCCCCUUCAAUCUGACACCUCCCUGGCCCCUUCAAUCCGACACCUCCCUGGCCCCUUCAAUCCGACACCUCCCUGGCCCCUUCAAUCCGACACCUCCCUGGCCCCUUCAAUCUGACAUCUCCCUGGCCCCUUCAAUCCGACAUCUCCCUGGCCCCUUCAAUCUGACAUCUCCCCGGCCCCUUCAAUCUGACACCUCCCCGGCCCCUUCAAUCUGACAUCUCCCCGGCCCCUUCAAUCUGACAUCUCCCUGGCCCCUUCAAACUGACAUCUCCCUGGCCCAUUCAAUCUGACAUCUCCCUGGCCCCUUCAAUCUGACAUCUCCCUGGCCCCUUCAAUCUGACAUCUCCCUGGCCCUUUCAACCAAACACUUCCCCAUCCCCUUCGAAGUGGCAACUCCCCAGCCAUCUCAAUAUGCCACCCCGUAGCCCCUUCUACCUCACACCUGCACGGACACAUUAAACGUUAGUUUCCAUUCCUUUUCCCCAAUAUGAUCCUGUACCACCCACUUCCUUACUCUCGCAACCGUUCUAUUUCUCUACCUGUGCAUCCUCGUACUCUCCACCAUCUCGAACACUUUCUUUCUUUUUAGUGAAGUUCUGACCUAAAACAUAUCAUUUUCAUCAUCCUCUGUCCAACCAGUCAUCUCCACUAACACCACAUACAUUCCAUACUACCUUCUUAAUAUUUAAUAAUAAUAAUAAAGUUUAUUUGAAAAACACGCUUCAUCCCCAAAAGCUCGAAGCCGGUACAAAGUCAACCAUAUAAAAAAGAGAAAUAAAAACAAUAUAAAAUUUACCACAUUUAAAAACAGACGCAACAAUAUAAAAACUACAUACGAGCAUAGCAAGUCAAAGUCUUUCAUCCCAUUUCAAUCAUAAUUUCAGAUUGUCAUUACUUAAAAUAUAAUUUAUCAUUGUCUAUACUUUAUUAAAAGGCUUUUUUUUUCAAAUCUCGGGAGAAAAUCAUAACACAGUUAAGAAAUAGCAAAAAAAGAUAUGUCUAAUAGAAAAACUAAAAAUAAGUAUUGCUCUAAAUUUCACUAACUCGGAGGAUAAAUGAAUCAAAGAAAUCUCCUGGGAAAAUGUACAAUGCAAUUUGGUGCAACUAUCUCAUUUUUACACAUGUUUAUUAAACACAGCGCAAUCGUCUUGCCCACAUACACUUAAGCCAUACAAACAGUACAUAGAUUAUACUCAUCGACUUACGCACAUUAACUCAAGCCAUACAAAUCGUAGAUAGCUUAUAAUUAUUGAUAGAGAUAUUAUCAGUACCAAAACCUAUUUGUCCUCUUUAUCCAGCAAUGAAAAUGUGGUAUCGCGGCCUCUCAAACCAGGAUCUUGCUUCAAGAUCAAAGUCCCCGCCAUCAUGAAACUGCCUACGUUCUGGGUUCUUGCCAUCUACUACAUGUUUGCCAAGAAUGGGACGGUGAUCCCAACUAUUUAUUUACCGACAUUCGCCAGGGAGAGAAACUUGUCCCACGAUGAAAGCGCGCUUGUCCUGAUGCUCUCAUCCAGUGUGGAUAUUGCUGGCAAGAUUCUGUCAGGUAAUUGGUCAUCUUGUUGGAGCUAUUUUUCGGUCAGAUAAUAGAUUUAUUAAAUGAAAUAAUCACUAUUUUUUUUUCUAUAUUCUAUUUCAUUUAUAUAAAACAAAUUAGCUUGAAUGCUUAAAUUGAUUUAAUGUUUCUUUCAAGACGGAUACAUUUGAUUUCCCACAGGCCUGAUACUACACUUCAAGAUUUUGAAACCAACAUCAUACAUGAUUAUCCCCCUUGUGUGUAUGGGUGUCAUCUACAACUUAACUCCAUUGUUUACAGAUUUUAACUCCAUUGUUGGCCUUGGGCUAGCUUAUGGACUUCUCUGUAGCUCAUUCUGGCCACUACUGGUAAUGUGCUGGGGAUUCAGUCUUCUAGUUCUCGCCCUUAAAAUUUCCUAUAUCUUACAUCUCAAACUUCUUAAAUAUAAGAGUAAGUCUUUUUGAAAUAAAGCCUACUAUACAUUUUAUGCAAAUUGUGGUAAAAAUACUGUUAAUAGUGGAAGGAGAACUGAAAUAUUUACUAAACAGCGGAAAUAAGCUCAAGGCAGGAGUAUAUACUGAAUAUGUUGUACGUAUCUCACCUCAGGUACCUGUACAAAUCUAAAUACUGAUUUUAUGGACGAAUCUCUUUCCGUCGUGGAUAUGAAUUUAUACCUGUUUUGAUUCCAUCCCCAGACCUUGAUUGUAAUAGAAGUUCUCGGAUCCAAGCGUUUGCCGUCAGCUCUUGGAUAUUAUUCUAUAUUCAUGAGUCUUUCUGGGGCCGCUUCGUUUCCUAUUAGCGGUAAGUCAUCAAAUCCCAAAGUGACAAAUUUAAAAAUGUUUCAAGAGUUAGAGAAACAAUAUUCGCCUUAAGGGUAAAACUGUGUAUUGUCAAUUUGCUGAAAAGACCAUUUUCAAAAGUAAAUCCCUUAUAUUGCAGCGUUUUGUAAAACAUGCAAAAUUUGAGCGAGUGCAAUAGAAAGUUAUGCUGUUGAUCAAAGAUGCCAUAUUUAAAAAUUCAAAACUGGUCAAUUUAGACCAUGGAGCACAGAUGAGAUAUGUGCCUGACAGCAGUCUACUUCAAAGGAUAUCCACAUACAUUGACAAUGGAGCACAGAUGAGAUAUGUGCCUGACAGCAGUCUACUUCAAAGGAUAUCCACAUACAUUAGAAUACAUUAGAAAGCUGGUUCAUUUGCUCCGAUUAGUUUUAAUUUCACUGUCUCUUACUGUCAAUUUGAAUACCAUUCGGACAGUGACAUGAUUAGAUAAGUGUUAGAAAGCCAAUGUCUGCAAACAACAUAAUGCUUAAUUUGUAUGAUAGGACAAUGUCUGCAAACAUCCCAUAUGAUGUUUCAUUAGAAUGAUAGGACCAUGACUGCAAAAUCACAUAUGUUUCAUUAGUAUGAUAGAGCAAUUCCUGCAAACAUCAAAUAUGAUGUUUCAUUAGAUUGAUAGGACAAUGUCUGGAACAUCACAUAUAAUGUUUCAUUAGUAUGCUCGGACAAUGUCUGCAAACAUCACAUAUGUCUGCAAACAUCAUAUAUGAUGUUUCAUUAGUAUGAUAGGGCAAUGUCUGCAAACAUCACAUAUGUUUCAAUUAGUAUGAUAGGAAAAUUCUUGCACUGAGCAUUUUAAAAAGGAAUGUGUAGACUUGAAGCUGCCCUGACACUCUCAUGAUCCUAUCAUGUGGAAUACUUUCAUGACUUUUGGCAGCUCUGCACGUUCCCCGUGGUAUUAACUAAAGUCGUAACAAUCCUCAAUCAACAUAGGCUUUAGUGUAAUCUAGGACAGUAUCAAUCAAAGGCUUUAGUGUAAUCUAGGACAGUAUCAAUCAAUAUAGGCUUUAGUGUAAUCUAGGACAGUAUCAAUCAAAAUAGGCUUUAGUGUAAUCUAGGACAGUAUCAAUCAAUCUAGGCUUUAGUGUAAUCUAGGACAGUAUCAAUCAAAGGCUUUAGUGUAAUCUAGGACAGUAUCAAUCAAUAUAGGUUUUAGUGUAAUCUAGGACAGUAUCAAUAUUUAUAGGCUUUAGUGUAAUCUAGGACAGAAUCAAUCAAUAUAGGCUUUAGUGUAAUCUAGGACAGUAUCAAUCAAUAUAGGCUUUAGUGUAAUAUAGGACAGUAUCAAUCAAUAUAGGCUUUAGUGUAAUCUAAGACAGUAUCAAUCAAUAUAGGCUUUAGUGUAAUCUAGGACAGUAUCAAUCAAUAUAGGCUUUAGUGUAAUCUAGGACAGUAUCAAUCAAUCUAGGCUUUAGUGUAAUCUAGGACAGUAUCAAUCAAUAUAGGCUUUAGUGUAAUCUAGGACAGUAACAAUCAACAUAGGCUUUAGUGUAAUCUAGGACAGUAACAAUCAAAGGCUUUAGUGUAAUAUAGGACAGUAUCAAUUUACGGAUUGAAAUAACUGCAACUGUUUUAUUUUUAAUGACAAAUGAAGUGAUCAUAAAAUUGAGCUAUCAAAUUUAGAUGAUAAAGACCUAUGGUUUGUAAUUUCCCCAAACGACAAAGCCGUCUACAUUCAACGUGAGUGAUUGACUUUUCUUAUCCUCAAUUAACCUUUCAGGUAAUGUCCAAUGUCUCAUUUUAUGUUACAGGUGCGUUACGUGAUGCCACAGGCACCUACACCUCAUCUUUUCACUUCUUUGGAGCCCUGUACUUAACUGCAGCUCUCUCUCUUGUGUGUGUCAAGUUUAUGAUCAAGAAAAAAGAUGACAACGAAAAAAAAGCGACUCAAUAAAACAUCUAAUAUUCAUUAUUUUUUUAACAUAGAUAAAAAGACAAAUAUUUUAUUUUAAAAUGUCAAAACCAAGAAUUUAGCUAUUAUCUAUUGUGGCAAGAAAGUAGCUAUUAUCUAUUGUGCCAAGAAAGUAGCUAUUAUCUAUUGUGCCAAGAAAGUAGCUAUUAUGUAUUGUGCCAAGAAAGUAGCUAUUAUGUAUUGCGAAUGGCAGACUUGAGCUCAUCAUGAAAAUAUCAAUGUGUGUGAAAAUAAUUGUUUAAGUGCCCGUGUAGGACUGAUGGAUAUUUAGGUUGGGAACAUUUUUAAAGGAGCUGAUAGCCCUAAAAAUGUCAAAUAAAUAAAGCAAUAAGUUCAUCUAACAGGCCAUAUUAAACAAUGUUAGUUCAACUUAAAGUCUAUAAUUGUGAAAAGUAUGGCUGUAUAUUGUUACUAAACUUUAGUUUGCUGCAUUAUUAUGUGAUGAACAAUUUUAUUUGUAUACAAUAAUAAUAUGAGCCCAAGAAAACCUACAAGAAGUGCUAACAUUUCGAAAAUAAAUGUCCUCUUAGACUUUGUUGAGAGAAGACAACUCGUGAUUAACAUCAUUCUUCCCAUCACAUUUCGUAACACACAUACACACAAAUUACAAAAAUAUAGUACAAGAAAAGAUAAACUCAAACAUAAAUACUCCAAACAACACACGGACACACACACAAAACAUACCCACACCCUUCUCCCCCUGUCAUAGUUACUUUUUAACGCUGAGUACCGACACUACUUUAAAUAGCUCUUCACUACAACUCCAUUGACAAUAAGAGCCAGGCAUGUUCAAGGUAGCUGGGGAUCAAUUCCAUUCAUGAUUCCCCUCGCUGUGUUUUUAAAGUUUGAACGAUGAACUCCGCAACUUCUGGUAUGCCCAGCCCAUGCUUGGCUUGUAUGAAAACUGUUGGACCAUCCUGUCGCAUGCAUUUUGCAUCUUGCUCCAUCCUCUGUAAGCAUUAUUUACAAAGUUUUAAAAUACAGUUUUCUUGUAUUGGUUUAUAUUUGUAUUUUAAAAAAAAAAAACUGAUUUGAAACUGGGGAACUCAUUCGUCUUAAGAAACAAUUUAGAAUGUUGUGAUUUUAUUAUAGUGUGAUUAUAAUUGUAUUGGAUAACAAGGAAAAUAUAUUUCCUUUCAGCAGAUCACUAGCUCAAAUAAAAGAAUCCCAAAAAUAUUAUUACUACUCAAGCCAGACAUCAACACCAUUUUAUAAAAAAAGUAUUUGUGUUUAUAAAUCUUGAUAAAAACAAAAAGGAUAAUAAAUGAAGUACUGGGUUCAAGCUGUAGUGUGAAGGAAAUCGUGGAACAAGGUUUGUGAAGGAAAU